CUCUGUAUGAGAAUAUCGCUAUUUUUAUUCUCUGUGAGAAACAAGCAGUUUUACUCUUGUUUUUUUGAGUUUCACGCCAGUGUUCCCAAAUUUUCAUUUUUUAUAUCGGCGUUGUUAUAUAAAAUUCUAGUGUGUCUUAUUUUUUUAGAUCGAAAUAGACGUGAUCUGGCGAAACUCAAGUUCUAAAAACAUACGAAAGAAAGCUGACUACUGAACUUUUCUACUCUAUUAACUGAGCGAUUUCAUCAAGCAAAAAUUAAAUAGUAAUAUCUAGCGACGAUGGGGAAGGAAUUGUAUAAGUACAGGCGAGAGUUGAGUAUUGGUAUGGGCAUAGUACUCAUGUGUGUUUAUGCUUGUCUUGCCAUUUCUUACAUACUUAAGAGCAACGACCCAAUGAAGUAUUUGGUUAUUACUCUGCUUCUAAUUAAUUGUAUAUUGUUGGGCUUAUCGAUUCCCGCUAUAUUGAAGGAUGUACUUUGGUUUUUAUGGAUAGAGAUGAUAUGGCUUUUUCCGGUUCAAAUAGGUCUCAUUUCUUAUACCCUUGUCUCUUAUAAAUUUUGGAUUGAAAUUUACGUGGCUCCCAUAAUGAUUUGCUUUACGGCACAUUCAAUUUUCAUCUCACACAUAAUAUGCACAUGUGUAAUAGAUAAAAAUAGAUACAAAUAUGACCCAGAUAGUGUCAGAGCAUACCCAGAACAUCUGAGCCAAAACGUGCAUCUUGAAGCCAGGUUGGCUUCGUAUGUACCACCGUCACCCUACCCGGGUGAUGGAAGCAAUUCGAAUAAAUUGGCAACCAUGGAUCAAGAUGGCAAAAACAAAUCGUUUUAUACACCACCGGCACCAUCGGCACCAUCAGCACCAUAUGACACAACACCAUUGCAACCUCAUACCACCAACAAUAUACACGAAAGUUCAAGUGGUUUAAAUGACGCUACGAUGUAUGUUCCCGAUUAAAUAAAUUUGGAUUCCACAUUUCGACCAAUUUACCAAUUUUAUUUUAAUAAUAAAAAAAUACCUCAGUGAAAAUGUCGAUUAAUUAAUGUCAGUUAAAUUAAUAUAUUUAUCGAAAAUAAAUAGAUUUUUCAAACGUUAAAA